GAUGCAUUCCAGAUUCCAACCGUUGGGAGGAAAAUUUUCCCGGCAAAUCCAACUGCUUUUCAAAUCUAAAUGCUCCACUCAACCCACAGCUAAUCUUCUCCAGAAUCCAUUUUCGCCCAAAAUCAUACCUUCUUAUCUCAGCACUCAAAGCUAUAAUCAGCAAGCCCGCCCAGAUUUAGAUAAUUCUGCUGCAGAGUACCAAGACUUGAAGAUCCCAGAUGCCAACUCCCACUUAGAUGAUGAUGCUAUCAAAAUCCAAAACCUUCUCAAGCUUAAAGUUGACGAACCAGUUGAAGAGAUUGAGCAAUCUCUAAGUAAAUCCGCUCUGUCUUUCUCAGAAGACUUGGUUCUAAACGUGCUUAAACGGCACCGUUCUGAUUGGAGACCAGCCUAUACGUUCUUCAAAUUGGCUUCUAAAGAAAAUGUUUCAAACGGGUAUUCACCGGGAACUGGUGUUUACAACCAAAUGCUCGAUAUUCUUGGUCGGAUGCAUCGUUUUGGUGAACUGUCCAAUGUGCUCGACGAAAUGUUCAAAAGGAAGAUCAUGAUCAAUGAGAGGACAUAUGGCAUCGUGGUUAACAGGUACGCUGCAGCACAUAAGGUUGAGGAAGCAAUUCAGUUCUUUUAUAAGAGGAAAGAGCUAGGUCUAGAGCUUGAUUUGAUCGCGUUUCAGACACUUCUGAUGUCCCUGUGUCGGUACAAGCAUGUGGAAGCAGCGGAGUUUUUGUUCCAUAACAAGAAGAGUGAGUUCAUGGAUCAUAUAAAGACUUGGAAUAUUAUUUUAAAUGGAUGGUGUGUUCUGGGUAAUUUGCGCGAGGCGAAGAGGUUUUGGAAUGAUAUUGUGACUUCAAACUGUAGACCAGAUAAGUUUACAUACGGGAUUUUUAUUAAUUCCUUGAGCAAGGCCGGAAAGAUAAGCACUGCAGUGAAAUUGUUUCAGGCAAUGUGGGAUAAGGGCUGUGAACCAGAUGUUGCUAUUUGCAAUACCAUCAUUGAUGGGUUGUGCUUCAAAAAGAGGAUUCCUGAGGCUCUUGAAAUUUUUCGUGAGAUGAAUGAGAGAGACUGUUUACCUGAUGUAGCUACUUAUAAUUCGCUUAUUAAGCAUUUGUGUAAGAUUAAGAGGAUGGAUAAGGUUUAUGAGCUCCUGGAUGAAAUGGUGAUGAAGGGGGAGGAUGUUUUGCCAAAUGCUAGAACUUACGGUUACUUGUUGAAUUCUGCAAAGAAGCCAGAUGAAGUUUACUGCAUUCUGGAGAGGAUGGAAAGGAGAGGAUGUAAGUUGGAUGGAGACAUCUACAAUCUGCUACUGAGGUUGUUUAUGGAAUGGGGUAUCCAGGAGAGCGCACAGAGUAUUUGGAAUGAUAUGGAGAGAGAAGGAAUGGGGCCAGACAAGCGAUCUUACACAAUAAUGAUCCAUGGCCUUUUUGAAAAGGGAAUGAUGAAGGAAUCUAUGCGUUACUUUGAAGAGAUGACACUGAAGGGAGUGGUGCCUGAGCCAAGGACCAAAUUGUUGGUUGAUGCCAUGAACAUUAAAUUGAACAGCGAAGAUUCAUCCAAGAAUCUAGAUAAUAAGGGAAGGAAGAAUCGGAAGACUAUAUGAUGCGUACUGAAGUGCUUAAGGUGAAGGGUAUUUUAAAAUCAGAUUUCUUCCACCGUCGAUCCGAUAAUUAAAUAAUUUUGGCGUCUAUUUUUCUGCAUUCCUAACAGCGUUUGGAAGAUCCUUUCGAAGCUUUAUGACGUUAGCUACUUGGUUAUCCGACCAGACAGUGAAAUGGUAUUCAAUUAACAUCUUUGGUCCACUGUUA